UUCUGUCCAUCAGUAAAGUCUGGUCACUAGACCAGGGUACGUUCGCCACAUUCUCUAUUCUGACCCACGCUUUCUUCUCAUCUCCGGGAAGACGCAAAUCAAAGUUCUUAGGUAUUUCUUGUUGACUAAAACCCAAACUUGAAAAUGCCCAGCAAGAGGAAGAAGAACAAGCGCCGCAUGAGGAGGGUGCAGGCCCAGAGGAGAGUCCUGGAGGAUCAACACGUUGCUGGAACUGGCACUGGCAAAGGGACCCCAGGGGUGUCGGCAAUGUCGGCACCCCCUGAAAUAUCCAAAUGUCCCCCACUUGCACCCCCCAAAAAACCCUCAAAUUGUCCCCUGCUUGUCCGCCCUCCUAAAAUAUCCAAAUGUCCCCCACUAGCCCCCCCCCUAAAAACGUCGAAUUGUCCUCCCCUUGUCCGCCCCCCUGAAAUAUCAAAAUGUCCCCCACUUAUCCCCACCCCCAAAGCAUCGAAGUGUCCUCCCCUGACCCCCCCCCUUCCGGUAGUAAAGGUUCCAGUUGUAGAGCCGCUGACCCCAGUCAAAGUACCGGAGCCUGAGCAAGUGUUGGCAGCUGUAGAAAGUGUAGUGAUACCACAUGAGGUUAACCGUGAAGCCCCCGUGGAGGUUGAAAAAGCUCCUGUUGAGGUUGCAAAAGCCCCAGUUGAGGUUGAAAAAGCCCCAGUCGAGGUUGAAGUUGCCCAGGUGGAGAUUGAAAAAGCCCCAGUCGAGGUUGAAGUUGCCCAGGUGGAGAUUGAAAAAGCCCCAGUCGAGGUUGAAGUUGCCCAGGUGGAGAUUGAAAAAGCCCCAAUUGAGGUUGAUGCAGCGCCAGUGGAGGUUGAAGCAGCGCCAGUGGAGGUUGAAGUUGCGCCACUGGAGGUUGUUGCCCCACAUAAAACUCCAGAUGUGGUGGAUGGCCUGGUUGUUGCACUAGUUGAGUUUGAAGCCACAGAAGAAGUGCCAGUUGAGUCCCAAAUAAUAGAAGUGGAAGUGCCAGCAGAAGCUUCAGUAGAGCACGCUACAGGAGAAAUGGCAGCAAUGCAGGAAGUUGACGAACGCGUGAUUCCAAAAACAGUGCCAUUAACAGAGGACGCACCCAUCCCCGAAGCUCCCGUUUUGGCGCCUGCUGAAUUUGAGGUCAAAGAGUCGGCCGCCAUUACAACAGAGAUCACCCAGAUGUAUGACCAGCAGUCGCUCUCAGCAGAGGUGGAGGCUGAAAUAGUUUCAGUGGUUCAAGUGGAGGUAGAGAAAGAGCCAGACCCAGAGCCCACUGUUGAGGCUGAGGCUGCCCCUGUAAUAAAAGCUGAUGUUCAACCUGAAGAGGCGGUGGCUAAAGCAGAGUCUGGUCCUGUGGUCGAAGCAGAGUGCAUUCCUAUAAAGCCAGAACCAGAGGUUGUUGUCAAAGCCGAUGCUAGCCCUGCAGUAAAAGCUGAAGUUCAACCUGAAGAGGCAGUGGUAAAAGCAGAGCCCAGUUCUGUGGUAGAAACACAGCCCAUUCUUGUAAUGGCAGAAUCAGUGCCUGUGGUCAAGGCUGAAUGCUGUCCCUUAGAAGCUGAAGUUCAACCUGAAGAAGGAUUGGUAAAAGCAGAGCCCAGUUCUGUGGUAGAAACACAGCCCAUUCCUGUAAUGGCAGAAUCAGUGCCUGUGGUUAAGGCCGAAGCUGCCCCUGUAGUAAAAGCUGAAGUUCAACCUGAAGAGGCGGUUGUUAAAGCUGAGUCCAGUCUUGCGGUCAAAACAGAGGCCCUUGCUGUAAAGCCACAACAGGAGCCUGUGGUCAAGGCAGAAGCUAACCUUGUAGCAGAAGCCGAAGUUGAACCUGAAGAGGUGGUGAUCAAAGCAGAGGUUGAGCCUGUCAAGACAGUGGCAGCUGAGGAGGUUCAAGUGGUGAUAAAAAAUAUCCUGGAAACGCUGGAGCCUGUGGAAGCUAUAUUUAAAGAUGCCCCUGUAGCCAAGGUUGCUACCGCAAAGCCUGUUGUAGAGGCUGCGGCCGACCCUGUCGCUGACACAGGGGCCGGCGACUUCGUCGUUGUGGAGCCCGCCCCCAUCGUGAAGGCGGCCUUGACCACGCCAGCCGCUGAGGAGCAGGUGCUCGCAGCCCCUCGUGACGAAUCGAAAGCCCCAUCAGAGUCACGGAGCAACGUGGCCUCGGCCCCUGAGACCACCCUUGUCACAGCCGAUGAAGUCAUUGACACUAAAGAGGAAAUUGAAGCCGCGGUGGAAAUUGAGGUAGAAAAGGAUGAAAAAAAAGCCUCUGAUGUCCUUCCUGGAGAUUUGUCCUCCCCACAGCCUAUCAUCUCAGAACUGCAGUGUCACGCUCAGCUUGCAACUGUGCCCGCCCCCAUGGAAAUCCCAGCACAGGUACCGCAGAACGGACACAUGGCAGCCGAGGUGACCAUGGAGGGAUAGAUCUAUGCAGAUUUCCUCAGUCUGUGUGAAGGACUGAAGAAAGAGUCACGGGGGAGUCGACCAGCAAAUCUUCCCUUUAAUCUUUUAGGGCUUAAAGGGACUGCUAUAAUAUGUUAGACAUCUAACACAGUGCCUUUCUUGCUCGGGGUUACAAAAUAAUCAAACUGUUUUAAAAUCUAGGCAAGUCAAUACGCAUUUGGUUUUGACAGUUUGGAAUCAAAUGAUGGCUGCUUUCCUAGAUCUUUGUGUCCCAGUGCACGCAUUUAGAUUGACUGUAAAUGGCAUACAUCGGUGGUAUGCUGUAAAACUGAUGAAUGUGGCAUUGGAUUGUCUUCAUUUGUGGACCAUGUUUGUAUGGAAGAGGGAUAUUUCCUAUUUUAGUCUGAUUUGACAUGUUGGGUUCUUUUGUCAAUGGACAUUAUUAGAUUUUACCUAGGUCGCCUCGUCCUUCUGCUUACCCCCAAUGUGGUUACCUUAGUUUUGUCACAGGAUUGUAUGACACGGCUCGAUAUUCUUUACUGUAGUGUCAAUGUGUCUGCAGUCCAGUUGGCAAAUGUCCUGCACAAUGUGAAACUGUGGGAUGUUUUUCAGGUCCUCUGACCAGAUGCCCACAACAUUUAAUUUACAACUCUGUCAAAUCUGCUUAUACCUAGAUUCGAGUAGGUGGCUUGUAGAUCUUUUAGUUGUUUUUAUUUUUCCAAUUCUGUUUUCUUUAGAAACAAUGUUGUACAUCUGCAUUUUGUGUUUCACUGUUUUGUGCUCUGGAAGAGACCAUGAGAUGUUGACAUGUAAUUAAUGAGCUAAGUUGGAAUUCAUUCAUCAUUUGGAAUAAAAGGUAAUACUCACCGUGA